UGAAUGAUUGAAUGAACAAUUGAAUGAAGGGUUACGAAAAAAACAGCUGUAACAAUUUUAAUUUUGAGUCGAAAGAAUCUGAUUUUAUAGUUCCCAUAGAAACAUUAAAAAAUGUCUAAAAAGUCAAUAACUUUAGACAUUGACCCAACUAUAAUGGAGAAAAACAUGAGAAUUAUAAAGGAAAACCCUGUAGAGGAGGAGAUAAACAAAUUAUUCGCUUCAGUAGACACUAUGCCGUCGAAGCUUGUCAAACCAACACCAGGAUUCUGUGUCAAAACAUUUACAAAACCUGAGGGUAAGAAAGUUUUUGUGAAUAUUUGCUUAACAGAGUCCAUACCAUGCCCUCGGGACAUAACAAAUGAUGAGCUUAUGCAAAUCCUCAAUUCUGAGGACCCCUCCAGCUACAGGGUGCCUAUGAGCAUCGGGGAAGGGCGCACAGAGCCGGAUAAGUCUGGAGCUCCUGCCACAGUGUAUGACGUAGCUAUAAACCCAGACUUUUUCAAGAAAAUAGAAAAGGAUGACUUGUUUCAAACAUUUUUCCUUACUGUUGUCUUUGAGGGUCUACAGGACAAAUACCAAUUUGAAAUAGAUAUACAAAAGUAUAACAUUCUAAAGAAUAGAAAGUCCAUUGGAACUUUACAGUCUCAUAGGAUUCAGGUGAGAGAUGUGAAGACAUGUAAGGAUGCCAUGAAACCUCCUCUGAUAGAAGAGAUCAAUGAGAAGUUACCACAAAAGAUAACAGAAAUCCCUGACAUAAAGAAGAAGGAGAUAGUGUAUAGACUGAGACGUGAACCUCCCACUGGAGAAAUAGAAUACUUGUUGGCUGAGUUUAUGAUUCCUGCUGCUGUGGAAUUAAAAGAUCUCAACUUAGAAGUGGGAGAAGACCGCUUAGUUCUGGACUCGAAGGGGCUCUAUGACCCGGUGGACUUCUUCCUGCCCUGUAGUGUUGAUCAGGACAUCAUUGAUGCCCAGCUUAAUAGGAACAAUGAUAUGUUAUCUGUGAAAAUGCCUGUCAUCCAUUAGAUUAGAUUAUUUAAAUAAUUACCUAUUACAAAAUAAUAAGUGAAUAUUCCAA